AUGAAUUCUACUCUUGCAUCAGCUACUGAUACUCACAAUCCUAUUCAAGUUAUUAUCAAACCAUUCAGUUCCUUCAAGACACAAUGUUUCUUUCCUGACCAUGUCUUGGCUACCAUUUCCGACAUCAAAUUACAACUGAUACAUCGUUUGGACUUGCCUACAUCUUCUAUAACUUCCUUUUCUUUAUGCAAAGAGUCUGGCUGUUAUAUUCAACCGGAUGUGCCAUUAUCGGAUAUUCACUCUUGUUCAACUGAAGAAACUCGUAGGUUUCCAUUGGUAUUGGCAGUAGUUCCUAUCAUGUGUGGAGGUAAAGGUGGAUUUGGAAGCAUGCUUCGUGCUCAAGGUGGUCGCAUGGCUUCUAAAAAACCUACCAGCACCGAUUCGUGUAGAGAUUUGUCAGGUCGCAGAGUCAAAACUGUCAACGAUGCUAAAGCAUUGGCUGCAUACAUUGAAAAAGAACCUGAGCGACAGAGACUAAAAAAUGAAAAGAUUGCUCAAAAGAUUGAAAAAGGACUCAAGGAACCAGUGCAGAGAAAGAUUCGAUUUGACGACCCAGAAUUUGAGAAUGAUCAUGACGAUACUAUGGAUUUGGUCAACAAUGCUGUUGAACAAGGAUUAAAACGUUCGCGAUCAACUGUAAACACAAGGGCUGCUCCUGCUCCAAAGAAACGACUGGCAAUGUGGGAUGAGUCGACAGAUGAAGAAACAGAUUCAAAGGCAUCUCCGUCGUCUUCCACUGUUGAACCUGAACCUCUCAAGCAUAUCGAAUCUUUAGACGAGCCAGAAAAUCUAGCCCAGCCCAAAUCUAACAAGAAAUAA